CGAGGUGCUGAGAGAAAUGACAUAAUCCACAACUAAUGACGGCAUCAUCACAGCUUAUAUCUUUUGUUCGAGUACUCGGCACGAGAAUUGAGAGCGUUCUGGAAGGAAAUUUUUCAAAGCUUCAUUCUUCACAUAAAUUUUUGAUUUUUAAGAUUACCUUAGAUGCGACUUUGAACUCCAAACACUAAUUGGCACAUUGAACCUUCAUUACCUGCCUAGAAUCACUAUCAAGAUGGUUUUGGUAUCUACUCUAUUGAUGCUCUCCAUGACUUCACUUGCCAUGGCUCAGUCAAACAUGGUACCCAUAACAUGGUCUUCCAUUGUUUAUAUAUAUUAUGGGGAAAUCACUCCUACGAUGAUCAAUGUCACUUCUCCUGUUCUUACACCUCUGGGCGCUACUCAACUCUAUAACUCGGGAUCCAUCAUCCGCGAUCGUUACCUAAACUCCACCUCAACACAACUCACUGUUGGACUACCCGUCAACGGCCUAAGCGACCAAUAUAUCGUCAAUAAUCAAUUACAAGUGUGGACUACAAGUGACGAGUACAUCGUUGGGAGUGCGCAAGCUUUUAUGCAAGGACUUUAUCCUCCCGUGAACGGAGUACAAGGAACAGAUAGUAUUCUAGCCAAUGGCUCCGUCGUCAACUAUCCUCUGGGUGGUUAUCAGUAUCCAAAUAUUCAAUCGCUGAGUUCAAUGGAUUAUAAUUAUAUUUGGAUUGCGGGGAAUGACCAAUGUAAAACCUACGACAUUGCAACAAAAUUUACGAAGACAUCCCCAAGUUCAGCCUCUAUGGUGGCUAGCACUGAUGAGUUUUAUCUCUCUCUUGCAAACACCUUCUUCGCUGGCAUCGAUAACUCUCUCCUUAAUUAUGGCAACGCAAUCAACCUUUAUUACUAUGCACUUUACCAAUAUAAUCACAACAACUCUAUUUAUGGUAUGACCAAUUCAUUUGGUCUUCUGGAGACUUUGAAUGGGAUUGCAUCAGAACAGGCUAUCUCUUUUAAUACACCUAGCACAGGACCCGGUAUUCAAUAUAUAGCAGGUCAAACUUUUGCCUCCAAAAUUAUUCAACAAUUUCAGCAGACCAUUUCGAGCUCUGGAGUCAGCGACAAAUUAUCCCUUUACUUUGGUUCCUACGAACCAAUGUUAGCAUUUUUUUACCUCUCAUCCCUCUCAACUUCAGAUCUCACAAGGAAACGUUUCUCCAGAUUGCCAGAAUAUGGAAGCAUGAUGGCCUUUGAGCUGUUCAGUUAUGUUGAAGAAUCACAACACAAUUCAUCCAAGUCAUUCCCAGAAUCGACUGAAUUAUGGGUUCGGUUUUUAUUCAGAAACGGAACCUCGAACACCGACCCUUUGAUAUCCUAUCCCCUUUUCAAUCUCGGCAAUUCGGAAAUCGACAUGAAGUAUAAUGAUUUUGUCACAGAAAUCGGAAAGUUUGCCGUAAAUGAUUUGAACGCCUGGUGCAGCUCUUGUGCCUCUAUCUCAUUAUUCUGCGCGGCCAUUCUUCGUAAUGAGUCUUCGAAUUCAGCCUCAAACAACAAUAAGACUUUUCGUUCAAAGGGUGUCAACGGUGUAGUUGGUGGCAUUAUUGGGGCAGUUGUUACAUUGGUAGUCGUAAUGCUUAUUGCAUUAAUUCUCGCAAUCUUUGGGUUCAGAAUGCACCAUCGUGAGAAUACAAUUUCCAACGCCGCAGGUGGUGUUGGGGUCCUAAAAUGAGGCUCUUCCGCGGGCGGGGGAGGGUUUAAAGGUCCUGAGAAACUCGCGUCCGAUACAGAUCUCAAUAUAGUCAAAGGACCUGGUGUUAGUGCUACCACGAAACACGAAAGAGUCGGCAGCUGGGAAAUGGGUAAUGCACCUACGAAUAUAGCCAACAGUAGUGAAGUAGCUGGACUGAGACAGGAAAGAGUAGUGAGUACCGCAGAUUAUAGCAGGAGAAGCGAAGACGGAAUCGAAAACCAUGAUCCUUGGGGGAAGGGUAUCCAGGGUGAGGAUUACGUUUAAUGUAUGGUAGUGUUUU